UAUUAUCUUGUUAAGAUCGAAUCCAUUCCAGGAGACUAUCGCAACUUGUGCAUUGGAGGAAAAAAAAAACAAUCGAAAUAUGGCAGCAAAAUCUUCCACGGGUUUCAGAGUGCCAGAGACGCCUGCCCUACAGAAUCAGAACAAUGGUGUAGAUCCAAUGGACGAUUCAGGAAUGCAGCAAGAAAUGGACCGACUACAAGGAGAAAACGAGGAGAUGGUAUCCAUGAUGCAGUGUAAAUCAUGUAACAGAUCCGCCGCCACGCGCGUGAUUGAAGACUGCGGCCAUUUGAUCUGCGAACGCUGUAUUCAUAAGCGUAAACGCUGUGGGAAGUGUAAAAGGGAGAUAACUCUCACACACAGAAUUUUUUUCGCGGGAACAAAUUCAGAUGGCAGAAAAUUUUUCGGGGCCUGAGACAUCGAAGUGAACAGGUCUUUUAGAGACAAAUGAAGACAGACGUAUUUUACAUAUACUUUUGGUACCGGUGUAUUAUACACACAAUAUCACGUAAAUUUUAACAAAAUUGAUUGAGCAAUAUCCUGGCGAACUUAUUUUUCUAAACUUUAGUCAUAAUAUAUAUGUGCACAAGCAAACAGGCAAACGAUUUCUGAUAAGAGUUUACUCCGUGAUAAAGUUUACUUUGCAUGCUUGCAAACAUGUAUAAUAUAUCGUAACAUGUAUCGGCGAAUUUUGCGGACUUUAGAUUGAUUAUUCAAAAUAAAUAACUUAUUAAACAUGGAACGCUGUUUGUUAUAACAAUUCAAGUAAGUAAACACGCAGUCAGUCACUUAAAUUUUCCUUUUUGAAGUUUUACUAUCUAUUCACUGAGAGUUCAACUCCCGAUGGAUCCUCGGUGUAUGAUUUAUUCCAAAAAU